CUAUCGCCGGGUCCAGGCGACGCCUCUGGACACGUCGUCGAGCUCGGGUGACUCUUCCGGAUGCGUCGCAGGGCCCGGACGAUGCAUCCGGGCUCGCAUGACACAUCCGAACUCUUCGUCGUACCCAAGCCAUGCAUCCGAACAUGCCACAUUGGCGAAACAACAGCAACGACAACUCCAGGCGCAGCGGUGACGGAAGAAGGUGAGUUACCGCCUAAAGCAUUGCCUCAGCCUGAGGCGGUGCGGUUGAUGCCCGCCUCCCGCCUAGGCGGCCGCCUCAAGCGCCAUUUAGAACACUGUCUGAAAGCAAAGAUCCUUAGCUAUAUAUAUAAUUCUCUGGUCUCCAAUAUGGAUAAAACCCCAUGAGUUUAUGGCACUACAAUAAACACAACAAGAUUUGGUAAAAGAAUAAAGUUUUGUCAUUAUAUAGCAACCGGUAAUAUGCCCCAACAUUUUCUGAUUCCCUAAUUCGCAUUGCUCUAUUAACUAGUUGAAGAUGCAGAUCAUAUAUGGCACAACACAUUAUAUAUUUGACAGUAAUGUUAUACAACUUAAAUAAGAUAUCAACAUUUAACAUUGUCCAUUCUUUAAACUAAUACAUGUUACUAGAAAAAAAUCCUAUAUUGAGUAGCAUAAAAGUGUAGACAAAAAAGAUUCUUUUUGAUGAUAAAGCUGUUAAUGAAAGGUGGAUUUUUUUUUUUAGAAAAUUUAAAAAGUUUUAAAGAAUGAAUAUUUGUAGAAAUGGAGAUUUGAUUAGUAUUUCCUAUUUAUGUAAGUCUAGGAGAUCAAGGGUUAAAUUAAUUAAGUAAUUAGCAACGUUUUGAUGAUUCAGAAGAUGCCUGAGGAAUGGAGGAAAAUCUAUGCGCUUAUCUAUGUUGCCUUUUCUGUUCUGUUAUAGCAAAGCAUAAUUUAGCAUAAAUUUGUGUUCUCUGCUCAGAUGCAUUUUUCAGUAUUCUACUAGUACUAAUCUGUAUAAGAUUAUCAAGCCCAUUUUAAUAUAAUACAUUGUACGCAGGUUUUAGAAUCCUUCAAGGAGUCAUCCUCCACUAGGCCUGCAAUCUUUGCUAUGUCCAAUCCAACAAAAAAUGCUGAAUGCACUCCGGAAGAAGCCUUUUCAAUAGUCGGUGAUCAUAUUGUUUUUGCUAGUGGAAGCCCGUUCCCUGACAUCAAUCUUGGAAAUGGUAUUGGUCACUGUAACCAGGGAAACAAUAUGUAUCUUUUUCCUGGGAUUGGCCUUGGCACUCUUUUGUCUGGAGCGAGGGUUAUUUCAGAUGGCAUGAUUCAGGCUGCAGCUGAACGUUUGGCUGGAUACAUGAAAGACGAUGAAGUUCUGAACGGAAUAAUAUAUCCUUUCAUAUCCAGCAUAAGGGACAUAACCAAGUAGCAGCAGCUGCUGUAGUCAGGGAAGCUGUAGCAGAAGAUCGGGCUGAAGGGUACCGCGAAAUGGACCCUCGGGAACUUCAAAAGCUCACACCGGAAGAAACCAUGGCAUACGUAAAGAAGAACAUGUGGGAUCCUGCCUAUCCGACUGUGGUUUACAGAAAAGAAUGAUCCUUUGUUGUUCGCAUUGUAACUUCUUGUGCUGAAGGUGAAAAAUUAAGAAUCAGAAAAGAUUCCAUAAGAUGUGCUAGUAACUGAGCAACUAACGAGUCUGGAGCUGCGCGAUCAUCAACAGUCUCUAUUCAUAACGAAACAUAAUAAUUUGAAGAAAAUUUCUUUGAAUUCCUCUCACGAUGAGAGUUAAUUUGAGUGCCUAAGAAAUUGUCGAUUGAUGUUGCUAUAGCUAGACAGCUAAACCUUUUUGAAAGCACAUCAUGAUAUUGAGUGUGA